GCAGUUAUGAUACUUUAUCGCUGUGACCGGGUUCAGUAUGACAUCCAUUGAUUAUCAUUGAGUAUAGUUUUUCAAUAUAGUUCUUUGACGACUUUUGAUUGUUUUGUCGUCAAAUUUCGACGAAUGUAAUUGUAAACUUAUGAAGUCAGUUGCUGGACACUCUGGAUAUUCUACUAUUUAAUCCUAAAUACAUUGGGAAAUUCGAAAGUUUUAUUGACCACUUCUUGCUGAAUAAUGCUCAAACCUUCAGACUCACAGAAUAUUACAUCCUCAUGCGAACUAUUCACACCAUACGGGAUUACACCUGGACUAGUCAAACAAGUCAGAGAGAAAUUUCAAAGCGAAAUUUCAAUGAACGAACUGUCUAGAAAUAUACAGUCGGGAGUCAAGCACCAUUCAGCUACAGCCCGCCUUACAUGUGCUUAUCAAAACCUUCUACACAGAGACAAUGGAAUUCAGAGACACAAUACUUAUCCUAAUAGGAGAAUCCAAUCUACUGGUAGAGUUUCUGACUUGCCUACUCCUACUAGUUUAACAGUUUAUAAAGUAAAUGAACGACCUCGAGCUGAAAGUUUUUUAGACACUCUUAAGCCAAGUAGGGAGAGUUUUGCGUCUCAGGUUAGCGUGGGAGAGGGUGGCAAAAGUACUGCACCAGUUCACCCUAAUGAAUACAGAACACAAACUGCAAUAAGUGGACAUCGAAUUGAGAAUACAAGCAGAUACAACGGUUUACCAUCUAACAUAUCAAGCGUUGAACGAGACGAAGGUCGUCCAAUAAACCACGAUUUGCUGAAUUCCAACGAAAAUAAAAAUAAACCAAAAGAAUCAAAAGCAUCCUCAUCUACAAAGAACAGCACACGAACGGAUUUUAAGCAACCAGCAAUAUUACCUAAGCCAUCAAAAAGUGAGUUAAGCAAGGAUUCUCUUGUUAAUUUUAUGAUACCUAGAGGGUACCAAGGCAGCAAGCGAUCAAGUCAAUACGUAUAUAAUGCUGAUGAACAUUCCUUUUCUCAAAAAUCAGAAAAUCCUCCUAGUGAAAAGACAAAAAACAGAAGCUUACAAGGUGGGUAUACUCUGUUCAAUAACCAGGCAUGUUCUGAAAAUCCAGGUCACAAAAAUACGACUAUUAGGAUAAACACAAGAAACCAUACAAUUGCCGACCCAUUCGCAAGACUCAGCGACAAUUACCCUAACCAUACAACAAUAAAAUCGAAGAAUUCAUCAAAUAUCAAUUCAGCCUACGAUUCGUGGAGAAAGGAUGGUGAAGGUGAUAAGAAUAAAGUUUCUUCAACGUUUAAAAAGUCUUAUAGACCUUCAGAAAGUAUAGCUCGUAAAAAAAGCACCACAGGUGAUACAACGCAAGCUGUCACGGAACCUGUUCGCAGCAAUUCAGUUUGUCCCUGUUCUUCACACUUUGAUGGAGACCCUUGUCAUACAACCCCAUCGGAAAUCGUAAACGAUUCAAAAACCACCAAACCUAUAUCUACGUCCGUAACGUCAUCAUCUCUAUCCUUUACUUCGCAAUCUUUUCACAAUAUUCAGUCUGAAAGAAACUUUUCACAAGUAAGAAGAAAUCAUCUUCAAAGUGAAAAUAGUAGCUACUCUGGAACAGAAGACAGUUCGUUGUCUCUCGUAAAACCUGAGAAAUCACAUCAAGAUUUGAAUGAUAAGGACGACACAGAGAUAUUUACUGCAGUUAGAGCAGUGCCACAUAGGAGCACAGUGUGUACUGAAAAAAGUAAUCCACUCAUGAAUAAAAGUAAAUUUAACUUGCCCGCUGCAACAAAUUUGUACAUCAAAGGUUCGGAAUUGCCUGGGAACAUCUCUUCCAAGAAAGUGAAUACCUUUCCCACAGACAUUAGGGAACCAAUUAAAUCCACGACUGCUGAUAUGGACUUUCCUAAUGUAUCAACAAACGAGCUUGGUGUGACAUCCAAGAACAUAGUAGUUGGUCAAACUCAUACAGAGAACUCAGAGAAAACCUUUCUGGGCGAAAAUAAUUCACAUCAUAAGGCAAAUGAAAAAGUGAGUAAUUUACCUUACCAUAAGCGACAGAUAAACUAUACUAUUUUGGACAGUGUUAUGGGUGAAAUGGAGCAAUUAUUCUCUGGAAAGCAAACAAAUACACAGAGAAAAGUGUCGAGAAUACAUAGCUUUGCCAGAGAAAAGGCUAUGCAAUGCAGAGAAGAAAAGGAAAAUAACGAAAAUAAUUGUGCAAAUGAUAGUAACCUUGAGAAGACCUCAGAAGCAAGUGGUUUAGAUAAUAAGUCUAUAGCUAACGGUUUAGACAACUACAGUAACGUUGAAACUAUUCCUUCCGUUUCUCAGCCCAAGAAUGAAAGACAGUCCGAGAGCUUUCAAGCAGCAUUUCGAGCAGUUGAAAAGCAUCUUAAGCUAUUUUCUGGAACUGAAGAUUAUCAGAGCUUAAAGCCAAGCAAAAUAUCAAAUGGUAUAUCUGAAAAUAUCAUUAAAAAUGGAAAUAACAGUCAACCUGUUUGUCCGGCAACAGAAGAACGUCCAGCAGAUCCAUGCAACGAUUCCAACCAAGAUAACGUAAUCAACAACAUAGGCGUUUUACGUGGAAUGAUUUUCCAGCCAUCCUCAUCAAUUUCAUCUUCACCUGUAGCCGUUUAUAUAAGAAAUAAUAAUUUGGAUUCACUCCCACUAGCGAAAGUCAUCAAAAGUAGGGCGAUAACAAAACCUCUUCAAAGGAAAAAUGAAAAUAUAUCCAACUUUCAAGCACACAGAAAUACUGUGUUAUGUAAUCGAAAGUUGAACCAAGAGAAUCCUGGACCGAUUCGUCUCAAUGAUAAACGUAAAAAACAUGUGACAGUUUUGGGUCCAGAGUACAUUACAAUUUAUGAGUUAUCAAACAAACUGGAAACCAAUACUUCUGAGGUAAGUUUACAUGAGAAUACACGCAUAACUGAAUUUAAUAACAAGUAUCAACACGGAAAGGACAGUUCAACAUCUAGUUUUAAUUCCAGUUCGAAUAUAAAAGAUUUUACAGAAGAAAUCGAUAAUAAAGAUGAAAAUUUUUUAAAUCAUUUGAUUAAAAACAACGUAAAUAAUAAAGAUGGUUUACAUGUUAGUCCACGUGACAGGUGUGAUACAAUGAACCUUCACCAAAUGAAUAAUCAACACUCAACAUACAACGAAAACAGAAAAAAACUAAGAGUUCAAUUAGAAGCAAUUUUUGGCAAAGUAACUGGGAAACAUUUAGAUACCAUGUUAAAGAAAGAAAAUAACGACAAAGUAAUUUCAAAUUAUAAAAGUUCCAAAAAUAAUGAACAGAAGGGACGACCACAACACUGUGAGAACUAUCUUACUAGUAAUCUUUUAUAUCAUGGGAAGAUAAAUGAUUCCAAGUCAAUGAAAAACCGUAGUUUUGACAAUAAUCAAUCAAACUACAAUCAACGUGAAAACUUAGGAAUGUUUUCUACACAAAUUACCAAAGUUGUUAAUGAACUAAGAGAACUUCUAUGUGGAACCUGGCCGUUGAAAUCCAGUCACAUGUUAGAUGUACAAAAAUUCGUAUGUCAAAAAAGUUUGGAGUAUAAACAAGAACACAAUGAGCUAUCAGCUUAUCAAAAAAGUCGACAAAACCAAAUCUUAUCGUUAAGAGAAAAAAAUGACAAGUUUAGAGAUAGCACAAAAUUGUCCAUACCAUUUGAAAAUUCAGUCGUAAAUUUAAACCGUCCAUUUUCCACAGAACUAGGAAACUCAGAUUUGUCCUCAAUAGUUAGCGCUAGUUCUGAAGACAAUCUAUCUUUCGAGAACAUAAAAAAGUCUGCAGAAAAACAGUUAAAUAGCAUUCUGCAGAAGCGAGGAGAUAUGAAUGACACAAGACCAGUUUCAGCCUCAUCAUGCCUUUAUCCUAAUAAAACCAGUAUUUUAGAACAUCAUCCAACAAAUAAGUUUUUACCAAGUCACGGUUGUGGUUUUUUUCUUAGCAAACCCAAAAACCAAAAUAGGGAUAAAACUGAACCCGGACAUAACGUUGUAAUUGCUUCCUUGAAUACAUCAAACAAUAAACCAAAUGAUUUUAUAUACCAAACCAAUCAUUAUAAUUCGGAUGCGACUUUCGAUUUGAGGGUUCUAGACUCAUAUAAUAAGUUAAACAAAACAUCUAAACAUUUCAAUUCAUAUUUGCCAGAAAUACAGAAUAUUUCAAAACAAAAACGGUUAGUAGAUAUUUCAACUUCUCCCAUUGAUGAGGUUCACAAUACAAAUUAUUCUACGUCUGAAAUCCCUUUUGCUCUACCUAAUCAAGACUUAUUAGAGUUAAAAAAUAAUAAAAUAGAUGGUACAAAAUCAAAACAUAGGAGUCUCAUUGAGUUUCGAAAGUGGAAUCAUUCUAGGAGACUAUCGGACGCUUCAUUCGACAUAGACGUUAAUGGUUUCGCUGAUGGUUACACAAACCACAGAAACCAUAAUAUCAAAUGUGCUGCGAAUAACCUAAAAAGGUACGUUUAUAACGAUCGUUUGUCUUCAUUUUUUGAUUAUAUUUACGUCCCUGGAAAUAAUUCUCAGCUGCAGUUCAAGGAAAAAGAUAGACAAGAGACGUUUAUCGAAUUGAGGCGGUCUAGGACUGCUUCACCUGACGUUUAUUCAAACAAAUUCAGUACCUUAAAUGAAAAUAAUUCUCAAACGAACUCAAAUGAAUGGAAUCAGAUAUCGAAUUUUACCCUACCAAGAUUUUUCAUAGAAUCAGAUCUAAAAAGUAAUAGAAUAAUUCCUUCUAAUUUCCACAAUAACUAUCUUGAACGGUUUUUCCAUCCAUCUGAAGAAAACCUUAUUUCAAGUAGACUAGAUACUUUGAAUUUAUCAUCAAGAAGAUGUAAUCAAAGAAGGUGGCGAACUAUAGAUCAGAAAUAUUCGAAACGUCAAGAAUCCUAUUCACGGUAAAUCAGUGACAAAUAAUGAUGAUAAAUUAAAAAAACACCAAAAUGCUUUUAAUCAAUACAAUUCAAUUAAAAUAACUACUUCAACAAAAGAGUCAGUUGUACAAAAUGAUCACGUCAGUGAAGAUCAAAAUAACGAUAUCAAUCAAUUUGUUGAUUGUGAAAAUCGUAGUGAUUCUAGUGUUACUGAUUCUCAACAAUUAAUAUCACAUCCAAGAACGUUAUUCCCUCGUCCCCAAUGGUCGCCAAAUCUUAGCUAUUACAUGUGGUCUUCUAUUCAGAACAAUAAAACAUCUUGUACUCGAUCCUACGAUAUUAUGAACAGAAGCAUUAGUAAUACAGAUGGAAUAAAUACAUAUCGAUUGAUGCCUGCCGGACAAAUUUCUCAAACCACAAGACAUUUCCCUCGUUUAUCAACAGCUGAAAUUCCAUGUGAGCGACCUAAAUCAGCCCCGGUGAAAAAUUGUAGAAAAAAAAUUAAUCUUGAUUGUAAAACUUAUUCUGUUCAUUAUCCUGGUUUAUUGGCUAAUGGAAAUAUGAAUAUAUGUUAAAUAAACAAAAAACGAGUGAAUAUCUUCCUUCCUUUGCGACAAACAUCGUUUUUCAGAAUCUAUUGUAUUUAUUUCUAUUUAAUUUAUGGUAAAAACUGUGAUAUUUUGAUUUGGCUAUUUUUCAUUCUAUUUUCAAUUUGAAAUAAAAGUUUUUUACAAAUGUACUGUAAGAUUUAAUUAUGAUUAUUGUCAAUUAUUUCCUUUUUUCUACCAUCAAUAUCCAUCAAGUAAUUAUUUUUGAACGUUUCAAUUUCCCACAUAACUUUAUUUGUCUUUGUACACUUCCAUUUAAUUAUAUUUAUCGAGGGUUUCCAAGAAACAAAAAAAAAACACUGAAUUUUUAUGUCUUCCAGUUUUGGUGAAGUGAUUCAACAUGUCAUUCAUCAUUUAUAAACAAUUGGUUU